AAUGUUGGGACUUUAGGGACCCAUGAACACAUGGGCUUCCUCUUGUCAUUAUUGAAAUGAACCCAUUUUCCAAAGGCUGUCAUGCUGAUACAUUUUCUGUGUCCCCAGUCAAAAGAUUCCCACUUGGAAUUUGAAUUCCUACGCUCUGUUGCAGUACGGCUCCACCCUACCUGUUUCUUUUUCCAAAAUAAUCUCCACCGUCCAGUGGUUGGACUAAGUCGCGUGGCAUUGAUGGAGGCGCCUGUCAUCAUCAGUCUCGGGGUCUCUUGUUGUUCUAGUGUGUCCUCUAUUCUUCAUAACCGUUGUAUAUAUAAAUAUACCCCACGCGCCCAAUUUCUAACCGUUUAAACUCCAUUUUCCCACUACAGCCCCCUUCUCCCUUUCGUUCUGAAAACGACACCGUUUUGACAAGUCGCCGUCUUCCUCCUCCGAUCUCUCGUUCUUUUCUUGCAAAACUCUGAUUUUCCACUCAACUGUAAGUCUGUAACCACAUUGUCUCCAUGAAAAUGGAUUCAAGAAAGCUUCUUGUUUUCUUGCUUUUCACGUUCUUCAAUUUCUCCGACCCACCUCUAGUGGUAUCAGCCCAGAAUGUGGAUUUUGAUUUCUCCUCGUUCACUCUCCGAAACUUCACUCUCCUCGGGGACUCCUACCUCCGAAACGGCGUAAUUGGCCUCACCCGAAACCUCGGGGUCCCCUCCUCCAGCUCCGGAACCGUUAUCUGCAACGCCCCGAUCGCAUUUUUCGAUUCUGAAUCGAAUACCACUGCCUCUUUCUCCACAAGAUUCUCCUUCUCUAUCACCAAUGUCAAUCCGAGCUCCUACGGCGACGGAUUGGCCUUUUUUCUUUCGCCUGAAAAUGAGACUCUGGGCAGCCCUGGAGGCUAUCUGGGUCUUGUGAAUUCCUCCCAAUUAACCAAGAACAGGUUUGUUGCAGUGGAAUUCGAUACCCGGCUCGAUCCGCAUUUCAAUGAUCCCAAUGACAACCAUGUGGGGUUGGAUAUUGACAGCUUGAAUUCAAUGAAGACUGCUGAUCCAGUCUUGGAUGAGAAUAUUGACCUGAAAAGUGGAAAGUCGAUCACGGCUUGGAUUGAGUACAAGAAUGAUCAGAUGAAGCUCAAGGUGUUCUUGAGUUCUUCGAGGUCUAAGCCUGAAAGGCCAGUCCUGAUUGUGGAUAUUGACCUUUCUGAGUAUCUGAAGGAGUUGAAGUAUGUGGGGUUUUCAGCCUCUACAGAGGGGAGCACUGAGCUGCAUCUGAUUGAGAAUUGGAGCUUCAAGACUUUCGGGUUGGUCCCUGCACCGCCACGGCUGCAUUUUCCGCCUCACAACGUCUCAGAUAAUACAGUGAUGAUACCCCCACCAAGUGCGGUAUCUGAUUCAGGGAAUAAAGGCCAUAAGAGGCUUGGUUUGGGGUUCGGGAUUGCUGGGCCAGUGUUCUUUUGCAUAGUUCUUUCGGUAUUUGGUUAUGUUUCCAUGAAGAAAUGGAGGGGGAUGAGAUGGGAGAGGAGCUUCAAAGCAGAUAUUCUUGCUGGGCCAAGAGAGUUUAGUUACAAAGAGCUGAAGGGGGCGACAAAAGGAUUUCAUUCUAGCAGGAUCAUUGGCAAUGGUGCAUUCGGUACUGUUUACAAGGCAUUUUUUAUCACAACAGGGACCAUUUCUGCAGUGAAAAGAUCAAAGCAUUCUCAUGAAGGUAAAACCGAGUUCCUUGCUGAGUUAUCAAUUAUAGCUUGUUUAAGGCAUAAGAAUUUAGUUCAGCUUCAAGGUUGGUGUGUUGAGAAGGGUGAUCUAUUGCUUGUUUAUGAAUUUAUGCCUAAUGGCAGCCUUGAUAAGAUGCUGUAUCAAGAGUCCGAGGAAGGAACCUUACUGAAAUGGUCUCAUAGAUACAACAUUAUUGUUGGGAUGGCAUCUGUUCUCACAUACCUGCAUCAGGAAUGUGAGCAGCAAGUCAUCCACAGAGACAUAAAAACCAGUAACAUAAUGCUUGAUGGAAACUUCAAUGCUAGGCUUGGAGAUUUCGGGUUGGCAAGGCUCAUGGAUCAUGAUAAAAGUCCAGUUUCAACUCUGACUGCUGGAACUAUGGGAUACCUUGCCCCGGAGUAUCUGCAGUAUGGGAAAGCUACUGAGAAAACAGAUGUUUUCAGCUAUGGUGUGGUUAUACUUGAAGUGGCUUGUGGAAGGAGGCCAAUUGACAAAGACACAGAUAGUCAGAAAAUGAUGAAUUUGGUUGAUUGGGUUUGGGGAUUGUAUUCUCAAGGCAACAUCCUUGAAGCUGCUGACAAACGGUUGAAGAGGGAGUUCAAGGAGGAAGAAAUGAGAAAGCUUUUACUUGUGGGUUUGAGCUGUGCAAACCCAGAUUGUAAUGUGAGGCCUUCUAUGAGGAGAGUCCUUCAGAUCCUUAAUGAUGAGGCAGAGCCUUUACUUGUCCCCAAGAUGAAACCAAGUCUCACUUUCUCAUUAAGCUUGCCUCUCAGUAUCGAUGACAUUGUUUCAGAUGGUGAAGAUCAUCGUAUGUCACUUGACUCCAUGUGUGAGAUCAAGAUCUAGUGAAGUAAAAUUCAACUUCUCCUCUCACGUUAUCCUAGUUUGAUGCUUUAGAUUCUUUCAUUUUUUUUAUCACACUUCUAUAUUUGUCUUGUUACUCAACCAGAUUUAACUGGGCCGAGUUCAAAGCUUCUCUAUUGAACUAUGUGAUCUUCUGCUGUACCCUAGACAUAAGAAGCUUCCUUGAACGUAUAAAAAUGUAGGUCCAUGCCAUAACUGACAUGUAUGUAAUUCUUUUCCACUAUUUUAAUGGUGUUACAUUUUUUCUUAUAUCAUACUACUUUCCUGAGUGAUUUGUUGCUUGUUUAUUUCAUGUUACAUGUUAUUGAGAUAUCAUGAAAAGCUAGAGUUCCUUAGGAUAAGGAUGAUCAGCUGAUGAAACCUUUGUCUCCAGUCUCAUCCCAAGAUUGAGUUGAAAACUUAACGGUAUAAGGUGUUAUUACCUGUCUUACAAUAUUUCUCCUAUCCCUUUAUUGAUUGGUUACAGAUGAUUGUUUCAGUUUCUGCAUGACUUAAUGGUAAACAAUUUCCUUUUCUACAUAUGCUCCUCUAUUGUCUCAUGGCUUUUGAGUAGUUUCACUGAAAGUUCUGAAAUCUCAAAAGCAGAGGAUUCCUGCAUUUUGCAACCUCACAACUCGGAUUGGUGAAAAUAAGUUAGAUGCAGCGAGUGAUGGAAAAAAAAUCUCAGAAGCUUCAAUUAAUCAACUAGUUGUGACAUUAGGAAUCCAUAGAGAGAAAAAUAAAUAAAUAAAAGAACUAGCAAGCAAGGAGGAUGAAAAUAAUAGGAAAGGCGUAUUCUCCUAACUGUGAAAAAGUUAGGGAGUUGCAUAUGUUUUGUUUUUUUCUUGUUACAGAAUGAUGAAAACCGAUGGAUGAGGCAAGACCACUUUCAAAUUCUACAAAAAGAAGAUGUAUAGGGCUCAUGGACUGAUCAUCAAUCUCAUUUCAGCUGAAGAUUCUACACUCUUUUUCUUCUCUAAAGUUGUAUUUUAUCCUCCAUUGCCAAGACUGAAAGAGGAGGUUAUGACAAAUACUCGCUCAGAGUUCUUUAGCUUGAUCUAUGUCGUUUUUCUCAAGGAGGUUGCUUCCAGCUAACAAGUCCAUCUUAUAGCAAGCUUUGAGCUAAGACACGAGGCUGCUGGUGCUUCCCAUAUUGUCCUUCUUUAACCCUCCAGCUCUGUUGCAUCUGGGCUCUGUCUAACAACUCCAUUUGUAUCUAGGUAAUGCCAUUCAGCCUUAUGCUUCCAAAAAUACAUGAACUGGCAUUUUGGUUCAAAUCCAAAUACGUUCACCUUCUGACUUUGUUGAUAAAAGCAUUGUAUGCAAAAAUAUGAAAGCAUAAGGCUGAACUUGGAGAAAACCCAGUUGAUGUAAGUGGGAUUAUGGAAUGCAGUAACACAUCAAGGUCUAUGCAAUAAAUCCUCUUUGUAAUGUAAAAUCCAAAGAAUGUAAAGAGUUAUGUUUUACGAGUA